GCCCCAGGAAGGCUCAGUGAAGCUCGUGUUAAGGGAAGGGACCCUGUGCUCAGAGUAGGGCUCCGAGUUUCGAACCACUGGUGGCGGAUUGCCCGCCCGCCCCACGUCCGGGGAUGCGAAGUCUCAGCCUGGCGUGGCUGCUGGGAGGUAUCACCCUUCUGGCGGCCUCGGUCUCCUGCAGCCGGACCGAGAACCUUGCACCGGGACGCAACAACAGUAAAGGAAGAAGUCUUAUUGGCAGAUUAGAAACCCAGCCUCCAAUCACUGGGAAAGGGGUUCCGGUAGAACCAGGCUUUUCCAUCGAUGAGUUCUCUGCGUCCAUCCUCACCGGGAAGCUGACCACGGUCUUUCUUCCGGUCGUCUACAUUAUUGUGUUUGUGAUUGGUUUGCCCAGUAAUGGCAUGGCCCUCUGGAUCUUCCUUUUCCGAACGAAGAAGAAACACCCCGCCGUGAUUUACAUGGCCAACCUGGCCUUGGCCGACCUCCUCUCUGUCAUCUGGUUCCCCCUGAAGAUCUCCUACCACCUACAUGGCAACAACUGGGUCUACGGGGAGGCCCUGUGCAAGGUGCUCAUUGGCUUUUUCUAUGGUAACAUGUAUUGCUCCAUCCUCUUCAUGACCUGCCUCAGCGUGCAGAGGUACUGGGUGAUCGUGAACCCCAUGGGACACCCCAGGAAGAAGGCAAACAUCGCCGUUGGCGUCUCCUUGGCAAUCUGGCUCCUGAUUUUUCUGGUCACCAUCCCUUUGUAUGUCAUGAAGCAGACCAUCUACAUUCCAGCAUUGAACAUCACCACCUGUCACGAUGUGCUGCCUGAGGAGGUAUUGGUGGGGGACAUGUUCAAUUACUUCCUCUCACUGGCCAUUGGAGUCUUCCUGUUCCCGGCCCUCCUUACUGCAUCUGCCUACGUGCUCAUGAUCAAGACGCUCCGCUCUUCUGCUAUGGAUGAACACUCAGAGAAGAAAAGGCAGAGGGCUAUCCGACUCAUCAUCACCGUGCUGGCCAUGUACUUCAUCUGCUUUGCUCCUAGCAACCUUCUGCUCGUAGUGCAUUAUUUCCUAAUCAAAACCCAGAGGCAGAGCCACGUCUACGCCCUCUACCUUGUCGCCCUCUGCCUGUCGACCCUCAACAGCUGCAUAGACCCCUUUGUCUAUUACUUUGUCUCAAAAGAUUUCAGGGAUCACGCCAGAAACGCGCUCCUCUGCCGAAGUGUCCGCACUGUGAAUCGCAUGCAAAUCUCGCUCAGCUCCAACAAGUUCUCCAGGAAGUCCGGCUCCUACUCUUCAAGCUCAACCAGUGUUAAAACCUCCUACUGAGCUGUACCUGAGGAUGUCAAGCCUGCUUGAUGAUGAUGAUGAUGAUGGUGUGUGUGUGUGUGUGUGUGUGUGUGUGUGUGUGUGUGUGCACCCGUGUGUGAGUGCGUGGUAGGGAUGCACCAACAUGCAUGGGGCUGUCAUUUCCUAUCCAAGCUGCCUGUCUCUGCACCAAUCACAAGCAUGCAGCUCUCCCCAGGAUUGCCAGAAGCCUCCUCCUUUGCAUGAGAACAGUCUUCCACUCUGAUGAAAAGCAUCAGUAUCAGAAACUGAAACGAACUGAGAGGAGCUUGUUUUGUGAAAGUGAAGAGAAGAUGGAGGGUCAGUGACUUGCAAAAAAAACCAACCAAACAAAAACUACACCUGGCAAGAAGGCUAAGACUCUCUGAAAUGCUUCCUUUUCCAUCUGGAGUUCGUCUCGGCCUUGUUCAGGACCUGAGGCCCUGGUAGAGCUUCAGUCCAGUUGAUUGACUUUACAGACUUGAGAGAGGAGUGAAUGAGGAGUGAAUGAGGCUCCUGGCGGCAUCCUAACCGGCUAACAGUGGCCUUGCUGGACAAUAGGAUUCAGAUGGCUGGAGUUACAUUCUCACACCAUUUCAUCAGAACUAUUGGGGAUCUUGAUCAAUGUGCAGGUCCCUUAGCGUCAGUAACCCUGGGAGCUCAGACACGAUGGGGGUGAGGGUGGGGGUGGGGGUGGGGGUGAGGCUCUACAAACCUUAGUGAUGACUGCAGACACAGAACCAUGGAGCUGAGCCUGCUUCUGCUUGCCAGGGCACCACUGUAAUGUUGGCAAAGAAAAACCAACAGCAGUGUUUUGAGCCUCUUUUUUUGGUCAGUUUAUGAUGAAUUUGCCUAUUGGUUUAUUGGGAUUUUCAGUUCCUUUAUUACUUUGUUGUAAUUUUGUGUGUUUAUUAGUCAAGAAAAAGAAGAUGAGGCUCUUAAAAAUGUAAAUAAAAUUUUUGGUUUUUUGGUUUUUUAACUUGGGCCAACUACAAAUACUGCUUAGGUUUUUUUCUAACUUAAUUGUUAACUACAUCAUGUGAACUUAAGACAUUUUCAUGAUAAAGCAUUACUGUAGUGUCAGUUUUCCCUCAUCCUCGAUCAUAGUCCUUCCCGUGAAGCAGGGCCCUUCCCCUCCCCCCCCUUUGCCGUUUCCCUCCCCACCAGAUAGUCCCCUGUCUGCUUUAACCUACCAGUUAGUAUUUUAUAAAAACAGAUCAUUGGAAUAUUUAUUAUCAGUUUUGUUCACUGUUAUCAGUUUUGUUCACUAAUUUGUCCAAUAAUGGAAUUAACGUCUUCUCAUCUGUUUGAGGAAGAUCUGAAACAAGGGGCCAUUGCAGGAGUACAUGGCUCCAGGCUUACUUUAUAUACUGCCUGUAUUUGUGGCUUUAAAAAAAUGACCUUGUUAUAUGAAUGCUUUAUAAAUAAAUAAUGCAUGAACUUUAAAAAAAAAAAAAA